AUGCCUGCGGUGUUUGGCUAUGUUAUUGCGAAUCAUAUCAUCUUGAGUAUCACUGGCUAUCCGACAGAGUACAUCCCCGGCAAGGGCCGUGACAAGAUGUACGACAGCAUACUGGCCUUUAUCCAGAGCACGGAGGAGAAGCUUGCACGCAUGACUGAGGGAUCUAGCGACCCAGAGGUAGCCAAGGGUCUCAAGACACCCAUCACACCCGGUGACAUUGCGUUUCUCGCCGAGGAGCUGUGGAGGGGCCGUAGUGCUGUGACUGGCAUCCCGACGAGAAACGUCCUCAUCAGGUGGAGGAAGCCGGAGGGCAAGACGAUGGUACGAAUCGGAGAGGGUGCCGACGAACAGAAGAGUUCCAACGUGCGCCUUGGUGACUUGGUCUGCAUGACAAAGGACGAGGCGACGAGGCACGAGAAGAUGAUCUUGCGAGGAGACUCCAAGCACGAAGAUCUGUACGAUGAGGCCGUGAUUGCCAAGAUUGAGGCGAAAUUAGAAGAGGCACGGAGUUUUGAACAGCACAGGUAA